CGAGAUAUUUUGUAAACAUUGGCUUGGGGGUCAGGAAGACGUGCACCGAGUAUCGGGAAAAGGAGAAAUGGGAAUAAGAACAGGAAUAUAAAACGAGAGAAGACAUUUUAGAGCCAGUAAUAAAGAGAAAGAGACUGGGGGUUGUGUUAAGGACAUAAAUAGUUGAGGAGGAGGAGGAAAACAAUACGAAGACAUUAACUUGAUAUCUCUGGUUGACAUGAAAUUACUUAGGAUAAGGAGGAGGAGUAGAAUGUGAUGUUGGAAAUGAAUGUAAGGUAUGAGAAGAGGAGAAGAAAUGAUUGUUGAUAAUGAAGAGGAGGAGAAUAUGGAGUAUACAAUGGAAAAAGAAGAGGAGGAGGAGGACAAUACUAAGUUAGCAUUUGAAAAUAUUCAUUAUGCCAGAGUCAAACACCUGGAACAGCCUAGCAGAGGUUGUAAUUGCAGCCAUGUCAGUCUUGGAAUUUGAAAGUGCUAGACAGAACCUGGAAGAAAUCAAGAGCUAAAAUGUAAUUAUAAAGCAAAUUUACAUACCUCCUGCCACCAAAACAAUACAAGUGAACAAAGGAUUGUGUCACAGAUCUGAGAAAUCAGGCCUAACACCAGAAAUCAUCUGUAAGCAUCUUGCGGCAGUUAGCUUCUGGAGCUCAUAACGACAACGUUAAAAUGUCGGAAGAUUCAGACUACUUACCGGCUUUAUUACCCAAAGAUGAAGAAGAAUGUGGAGAAUAUUAUUUUGAGACGGAUUGUCUGGCGCUGAGGGACAACCUGGACUAUCAGCGGCUACUCAAGGCUCUUGUCAAGCUGCAGGCUCAGCGUGUCAAGGCAGUCAAGGAUGUGGAGCAGCUGCAGGAGGCUCGUGAGUCGGUGCUCAAGGACCCUAUAGCGUUUGUGAUGGCUCUGCAGAAUGGGGAGAAUUUAAACUUGCCAGGCCCCCAGGAAAUUGUUCAGAUCCCACAGAUUGACUGGGAGAAAUACAACAUCAGUGUCAUCACUCAGGAAAUGAGACCAAAGACAAGGAAGAGGAUCAUUCAAGAGAUGUCAGCCAGCCAACAAUCCAUUCAGGAAAGUAAAGAGUCCAUGAAUGCUGAUAAUAAGAUAUUGGUGCGAGGAAGACUGUAUGAUGAAAGCAAACCACAAACCUUCAACCGGACUUGGAGUGAUGAAGAACAGCGAAAACUUGAGGAGCUCCUCAUCAAAUACCCUGAUGAACCCAUUGCCUGGCACCGCUGGGUCAAGAUCUCAAAAGAAAUAGGUACUCGAACACCACUUCAGGUGCAGAGUAGAGUUCAGAAAUACUUCAUUGCCCUGAGACGAGAGGGACUCCCAGUUCCUGGCAAAAAUCCCAAGGAAAAGGCCUUAAGAAGUAUUACCAGAAGAAAAACCAUCAUGCCAUGGUAUGGCAGAAGGCCAGUGUCCAGCUUUAUGAAGGCAUUCAACAUGUAUGAGGAUGCCAUUCCAAAGACCAUGCCUUCUGAGGGCACACACAGCCCACAAGCAGACACUUAUGAUGUCUCGGAUGAGGAGGACAUUGUUGAUGAGCUGCGCAACACUGAGGAGUAUCGGGAGCUGCUCAGGGUAAAGCAAGUGAAGCGCCUCAAAGAACAAGAAGCUGAGACAGGGAUUGUUGCUCAUCAUGGCUAUUCUUGUGAUGGGUGUGGGAUGGAGCCCAUCACUGGCACUCGCUGGCACUGCAUUGACUGCCCCUCCUCCAGAAGUACUGAUAUAUGUGAAAAUUGUGUUAAGACCAGCUUCUCACUAGAAUGUCAUGUUCCCUCUCAUCACCUGGAGCCAGUCAAAGCCUUUUGCUUACAGGAUGCCAUCACCUAGACAGCAGUGUAUUUCAGUGUUUCCAUGCUCAUUACACUCACCUGUAUGGUCAGUAAGUAGUGCAGCAGUUUCAUCAGUUAUUUGUAUAUCUCUGUAGUCAAUAUAUAGUACAGCAGUUUCAUCAGUUAUUUGUCCACUGUGUGUAUAUAUGUUACUUGAUUUUGAAUCAGGUAACUGGAAUUUUUUCAUGAGAAGAGUACAAAUAGAAUCCAGGCUGAACCUUGAGCCUGAGUGCUUUAGUGGUGAGUGAAUUGAUGUAUAUCACUAAGAUUAUAUUUGAGAGAGAGAGAGAGAGAGAGAGAGAGAGAGAGAGAGAGAGAGAGAGAGAGAGAGAGAGAGAGAGAGAGAGAGAGAGAGAGAGAGAGAAGGUAAUAUAAAGAUACGAGUAUGCUGUGAAUCUAAUAUAUUGUUUAUGUAAAUAUAUAACCAACUCUGGUGAAAUGUAUCUUGCAUUUAUCACCCAGACAGUUUGUUAGCAAUUAAAAAUGUCUUGCUUA